GCAGACUAUGCGAGGAUGGUCACACGGAGGGUGCCAAGGGCACAGGGCCCAAGGCGGUGCACAUCACACAGCCCAUUGGGCCACAGAAAUAUGGGGGCAUGGGUGGUGUAAUGAGUGGCAGUGGCCGCAGUGUGGUGGCCUCCGGGGGCGGUGCAGGUGGAGGGUCCUCCUCAGGAACCAUCUACAGCCCUGGCAACCCCAUGGUGACCACGAUGUCUGGCCCAGGAGUAAACCCACAGACCACCAUCAGAACACAGGCUCCCCCGGCCAUUGCUGUCAGAAUCACAACAGCACCGGUGUCCACGGCUACAUCGUCUUCACAGGUGACCUCCCAGGCUGGCACAAGCAUUGGUGCCAUUUCCAUGACAUCCCCUUCUGGAUCGUCACCCGGUGCCAUCCUGACACACCAGUCACCCUUGCACAGGACACAGCAGGACCAGGUUCCUCUCAAGACCCCAAUUGUUCGGACUCCUGUGGCAUCACACCAGAGCAAGGGUGGGGUACAGGCCCAGACUCUAGCCUUUUCCGAUGGGCCGAAGGUGAUCACGCAGCCUGCCCAGGGCCCACCUCUGGCUCUUGCGCAGAUCUCAGGCUUAGCAGGAGUCACUACCCAGAAAGCCCAGGUCAAUACUCACACUGUGUCACAGCAGCAUACUCCUAAUGUCCAGCACAGACCCGGUGGCAGCGUGAUGGGCAGCAGUGUGGGGCGUGUGAUGGGAGGGACAGGAAUCCCGGUGGCCAAGGUGCUCCCCCAGCAAGCAACAACCCCCAACCAGGGAGCUGCAUCUGUUGCUGGUCCCCCCAGGGGAUCCCAUGGACAGGUGCGCGCUCAGUCCCCUGGCCAGGCAGCCGACCCACAGGCUCCCCACACCAAUGUGUUCCUGCAGAGACCUCAUGCAGGAGUGACAGUGACAAGUGGCACACCCACAGGUCAGGCAGAAAGGGUUGUGACAACAGUCCCCCAGUACAGCAUUGCACCACCCUACUACUAUGAACAAGGACAAAACACUUAUCAGGUUGGUGGCCCCACCCUUGUGCCGCACACCCUGAGCUCCACCCACUACGUCCCAACCAACGUCCAGAGUGGCUCCCUCAGAGUAACAGGGGGAGGACCCAAUGCCAGUGCAGGUGCAGCCCCAGGCCAUGGAGGAGGCCCAGGGCAGAUUGUUGAGGGUCCAGGGGGACAAGCACCCGCCCCCCUCCCAGCCAUGAAGCCAGGCGCCUCCCCAAGGCCUUCCAUCCUACGCAAGCGGCCCGACAGUGAUGGGACUCCCCUCAAAGCCGCCAAGAAUCUCACGGCCGCUCUGUGCCUCCCCAUGCCCUCACCACCCUCCCCCAAACGCCCAGACUCCAGAGGGAAUGGGAAUGCAUCUUCAGGCUCUACAACCAUCUCGGCCAAUUCCUCUCCUGACUCAUCCUUAUCAGGGCUACAAAUUGAGGAGCUGGACGGCAACAGUGGAGGUGCCGCCACAGGGAACAGCGCAGAGUUGAGGACACCCCCCAGCAUCAAGCAGGAACCCCCUGAGGAUGCCACAGUGGUCCUUCCUCGCCAGCCUGUGCUCUGCUCCAUGAGCGAGACUUCAGCCGGCCUCACUACUGGCAUUGUCACCACCACACUCAACGUGCCCCAGCCCCACCUCUCUGUCACAAGCAUGCACGGGGCUUCACAGGCGUUGGCUGAUGGCCUCUCGCCCAGGAAGAAGCCCAGAAAGCAGCAACUGACUGGUAAUGAGCUCCAGGAGGCCCGGUCCAGUGAGGAUGACCUCGACCAUCCACCUGUAAAGAAGACAAAGAGAGAGAUUGCAGAGGACAAUCACGACCUAGAAGGAAGCGAAGACGAGGGUGGAGGAUGGUCUGAGCCAGGUGGGGGCAGCAGUGGAGGGAGCUAUGGGGGGAGUGGAGGGGGCCUAGGGGGAGCCAAUGCCAGUAAUGCUGUCAACGCCACUGUCGUCAUAACGAACCGCCCCACCAUGUCCCUCCUGAGCAGUUUCCGGCAGACAUGGAAGCCGCGACACAACCACUUUGUGCGCCACACGGAUGUCAAGCCCAAGGACGAGAGAAGAUUGACUGUCAAUGAGAUAGCUAACCAGAAGAUGGCUCUGCAACGGGUCAAUGGAUGGAAGGUUGUUCACCUCUCAGGGCAAGUGGAUGACCUUGUAGAGCUUGAGUCUGAUGUGGUUGACCGUCUGCAUUUGCUGCUCACGUCGUUGGAGAAGAGAACUCAUGGCAGAAAGCCAUACAAGGACUUUGAUAAAGACAUCAAUAGGUUGUCAGAGCUAGUCAAGGCCAACAUUCAGAGAUCCAAGAUUAUAAAGGACCAGAUGACAGAAGCCAGAACACAGAUGGAGAAGCUUUUUGAGCACAAGGGCAAGAUUGUAGAGAUCAUGACAAAGUACAGUAGUAAGCGCAGUGUUCGCAAGAAGGAGAAAAGUUGAAGCCUUUCCGUUGGGGAGAGAACUUGCAUUGGGCUUUUUUGCUUUUAAAGCUGCCAAAGUGUUGUAUUAAAGACAAAGGGCUUUAUAUAUAUUUUUCCAGGUUCACCCGGUCAAUAGACAAGAGACAUGGUCUAGGCUAUCAGUCUUGUCCAUUCACGUGCCAGGCAUAAAGUGUGAAUGCUGAUAAUUAACAAAAAUUGCAGGCUUCAGCUCAAAGUUGAAUUCAGAUGGAAAUCCUUGUGAAAACUAUAUAGAUAUGUACAAAGUAUUAUCAUCAUUAUUAUUACUUUUUUUACACCAGUGACUUUUUUUUUUGCCUUUUUGUUAAUAGAUAACUUCUCACCAUCAUUCAAAAUACAUCUUAUUUGUCAUUGUGGAUUACUGUUGUGGCCAAAGGCUACUUCUUCCAACUCAAGUACAAUUUUAUUUGUAUACUUCAAGCAGAAAUUUAUUGUUUACAGUGCAAACCUGUAGCUUAAGGCUUAGAUAUAAGUGAUCAGUGAUAUGUUAUUUGUAUUAAAUAUAAAAUUUUAUUAUAACAAAGUUAUAUGUUAUUCCUCGAUAGUUUUAAUUGGAACACAGUGAUAUGUACAGUAUUCAUAGACCGACUGUGAAUCAUUAAGCCUACCCAGGAAUAGUCACUUCAUUUAUGUCAGAGGAUGAAGAAACCUAAAUAUUUUUUUGCAUAAGUUUUAACAUGUAAGAAUACUGACCUGACAGAAGAGCAUUAAGUUAGCAUUGCAAACUUCAAAGAGUAUAGACAUAUUCUUUUAAGCAGUAUGUUUUAUUUUGUCCGUGCCAAUCACGAAAUAGGCGAUGAGACUUUGUAUACAGACAAGUUAUUAUUACCUUGGCAGUUGCCCUAGAACCUUCCUUGGGUAAAACUAGAAGGUAAUGUUUAAAUGUAAAGACAUAUUGUUCUAUAAAAUCACAUACAUUGUACAAAGGAAAAGCAAUAUAAUAAAAUCUGAAAUCUUA